UCCUCUUUUUCGUGAUUGCCAAAGGUAUAUAUAACUAUCAUGAUCGAUAACAAAACGACACAAUUGUAGAAUAGAAUAUAGUGGAUUUGUCUAUAAAGAAAUGGAUGGAUAGGAUAUCGACAAAAAAUGGACUGGAUAAGCGUUAGAAACCGAUAUUAUACUUGUUGUAAGAGCAGUCAUUGCAUCCAUUAACAAUGAUACACAACGACAUCAAUCCAUCCAUCAAAUACGUUAAAGGUUCAUUCAAACAAAGUUCAUCCAUUGCUCGAAACUCGGAACUGUUCAAAAUAGAGUAGGAAAUGCUGCGAUGUCAUUGUUCCAUUCUAUACAGAUCGCAUGUGAAAGCAGAUUAUUGAUUUAUGCAACUGAGAAUGCCACACAUGUCAGAUGAACAUUAUGGAAUCGCUGGAAAGUUAUUCACCAGGCUCAUCAUGCCUCUAACCUAUGUACAACCAUUUGGCAUUUUUUCAACGUUCGAAAUGAACAUUGAUUGUACAUUCAAACUUACAAAACCACCUUUGCUGAUUGUCGAUGUUAUGUUGAACCGAACACUAUAUUCUAUUUCUAGAAACAGCUUCCUUGUUCCUGGCGUUUCUCGCUUCUCUCGUUCUUCUGCCUACGCUAAGAAGGCUCAAUACAAGCGUAAGCAAACUACCGUUGCCGCUCCCGCUAAGACUGAAGCCGCCGACAAGACCGUCGAAGUCAAGGGUGCUAAGAAUGGUGGUAAGCGUACCGUUCCCGCUCAAAAGGCUCCUCGUUUCUACCCCGCUGAGGAUGUUGCCAAGCCCAAGGUCAGCCGUAAGGCCGCUCCCAAGACCAGCCUCCGUGCUACCAUCACUCCCGGUACCGUUGUUAUCCUCCUUGCCGGUCGCUACCGUGGUAAGCGUGUUGUUGUCUUGAAGCAACUCGAAUCUGGCCUUCUCCUCGUCACUGGUCCUUUCAAGGUCAACGGUGUUCCUUUGAGACGUGUCAACCAAGCUUAUGUCAUUGCUACCUCCACUAAGCUUGAUAUCUCUUCCAUCAAGGUUGAUGAAAAGUUCAACGAUGCUUACUUCAAGAAGCCCGCUAAGGCUGAAAAGGCCUUCCUUGAAGGUGAACAAAAGAAGGCUGCCUUCCCCGAAUCCAAGGCUGCUGACCAAAAGGCUGUUGAUAAGGCUCUCCUUGAAGUCGUUGCUAAGACUCCUUUCAUGCGUCAAUAUUUGUCUUCUACCUUCGGUUUGACCAAGGGUCAAUUCCCCCACGAUAUGAAGUUCUAAAGCAAUAAAAGUUUGAUUCAUUUCACUAUGGUUUUAUAACUUUCAUUUCUCGUCCUUUCUUUUACAUAGUUCCAAAACUUUUUUUGAAAUAAACUAUACUUUAUUAUAUUCGUAAGGAG